GAUAAGAAAGAGAGAGAGAGGGAGAGGGAGAGGGAGAGGGAGAGAAACCAACGACGACGACGACUACGACUACGACUAUAACACAACAAAGACAAAGACAAAGAACGAAGACAAGGGCGAAGUUUUCUUUGCUUGCUUGGACACGCCAUCAUGGUCAAAACUUUUCAAGCAUACCUGCCCUCGUGUCACCGCACUUACUCGUGCAUUCACUGCCGUGCUCACCUCGCCAACCACGACGAACUCAUCUCUAAGUCCUUCCAGGGCAGUCAAGGUCGUGCCUAUCUCUUUAAUUCCGUGGUGAAUGUGGGCUGUGGUCCUGCGGAGGAGCGAGUUCUGUUAACUGGCCUUCAUGCUGUCGCUGAUAUUUACUGCGAAUGUUGCAAGACCACCCUUGGGUGGAAAUACGAGCAUGCGUUCGAGUCGAGUCAGAAGUAUAAAGAGGGCAAGUUUAUAAUCGAGCUUGCUCAUAUGAUCAAGGAGAAUGGAUGGGAAUAAACGAGAGUCUCGAGGGUAACCGCAAAAACCAGGGAGAGAAAGUACCCCCGAUAUAUCGGAGACACACAUACUACACAUACACAUACGAGGCCCGUCGAAACUUUUUCCAGAUAUAAGAAUAUGCCUACAAUGUUGUUCUAAUUGCAAUGUGCGGCCCCCUCCCCUCUGUCAAACCACC